AUGGACCGGAAGUUGAUCUUGAUUGUGCUAACCCAUUGGUUAGUGCUCGCUGCUCUGCUGUAGCGUGUUUACCAUAGGUUUACCAGCUCGCUGUGGCAAAGUGGUUAUCUCCUGUUUAAACAUCCAGUGAAGCCAUCUAUAAAUCGGAACAUUGGUAGGUCUCUCUGUGUCAUUUAGCCCACACAGUAAGAGACCAUGCUGGUUCCAAUAUUUACUCUGAAGCUGAACCACAAGAUCAACCCUCGCAUGGUUACUGUUGGAAAGUUUGAUGGAAUUCAUCCAUGUCUGACAGCCGCCACUCAGGCAGGGAAGGUGUUCAUCCACAACCCCCACACCCGUGGACAGCGACCUGCCGCGCACCGGCUGAGCCAGAGCACACAGGACUCUGACAUCUCCCUGCUCAACAUCAACCAGGCGGUUAGCUGCCUGACUGCAGGCUCCCUGGGGCCUAACACCGCAGGGGACACCCUACUGGUUGGCUCUCAGACCAACCUGCUGGCCUACGACGUCCACGACAACGCUGAUAUAUUCUACAGAGAGGUUACAGAUGGGGCCAACGCAAUUGUGCUGGGGAAACUAGGGGACAUCCAAUCUCCCCUGGCCAUCAUCGGUGGGAACUGUGCCUUACAAGGCUUUGACUAUGAGGGCAAAGACCUGUUCUGGACGGUUACUGGUGAUAAUGUUCAAUCGCUGGUGCUCUGUGACUUCACCGGAGACGGGAAGAAUGAGCUCUUAGUCGGGUCUGAGGAUUUUGACAUCAGGGUUUUCAAAGAAGACAAGCUUGUUUCCGAGAUGUCAGAAAAUGAGACAGUGACCUCGCUGUGCCAUAUGCACGGUAGCCGGUUUGGCUAUGCCCUAGCCAAUGGUACAGUGGGAGUCUAUGACCGGACGGCCCGCUACUGGAGAAUAAAGUCCAAGAAUCAUGCGAUGAGCAUCCACGCCUUCGACCUGAAUGGUGAUGGAGUGGUAGAACUGAUCACCGGCUGGUCCAACGGAAAGAUCGAUGCCCGUAGCGACCGCACGGGCGAUGUCAUCUUCAAAGACAACUUCUCCUCGUCGGUGGCCGGUGUGGUGGAGGGGGACUACCGGAUGGACGGGCAGGUCCAACUCAUCUGCACCUCCACGGAGGGAGAGGUGCGAGGCUACCUUCCAGCCAGUAAGGAACUGAAGGGGAACCUAAUGGAGUCCAGUGUAGAGCAGGACCUGGUCAGAGAGCUCAGCCAGCGCAGACAGAAUCUCUUGCUGGAACUACGGAACUACGACGAGAAUGCCAAGGGUGUGACGGAGACGGACAGCGAGGUGGGUGUGAUACCAGCCAACACUCAGCUCCAGACAGCAUUGUCUGUCCGGCCCGCCACCGAGGCCCAGAAGGCCCAUGUAGAACUCAGCAUCUCCACGCCAAACGAGACCAUUAUCCGCUCAGUGCUGAUCUUCGCCGAGGGGAUCUUCGAGGGAGAGAGCCACGUGGUCCACCCCAGCGCACAAAAGCUCUCAGGCUGUGUCCGAGUGCCCAUAGUCCCUCCCAAGGACAUACCGGUAGACCUGCACAUCAAGGCCUUUGUCGGGGGUAAGAACAGUACCCAGUUCCACGUGUUUGAGAUCACCCGUCAGCUGCCCCGCUUCUCCAUGUACGUCAUGGGGGCGGACCCCUCGGUGGCCCCGCCCACUGGCAGGGUCACCUUCAGCAUCAACGACCGGUCCCAGCGGGUGGUGAUGUGGCUCAACCAGAACUUCCUGCUCCCAAAGGGAGCAAACAGUCCAGAUGUCACCUUCACAUCGCUACGAGCAGGAGGACUGUUGUCCAUCAGCAUGACCAGCAGUGGACAGAUCACCUUGAGCACAGAUGACAUCGACCUGGCAGGGGAUCUCAUCCAAUCGCUGGCCUCGUUCCUGGCUAUCGAGGACCUGUCGGCUGAGGUCGACUUUCCAGACUACUUCAAAGAGCUCCGCACAACUCUCACUGAGGUGGACGAGUUCCACUGUGUACACCAGAAGCUGACGGCGGCCAUCGCUGACCACUCCAACUACAUCAGGAACAUGCUGGUGCAGGCCGAGGACGCCCGCCUCAUGGGGAACAUGAUCACCAUGAAGAAGCGCUACCGGGAGCUGUACGAUGUGAACCGAGACCUGGUCAACGAGUACAAGAUCCGCUCCAACAACCACAAUGCACUGCUGGCCCGCCUCAAGUGCGUCAACCAGGCCAUCCAACGGGCUGGGAGACUGCGAGUGGGUAAGCCAAAGAACCAGGUGAUCUCUGCCUGCCGUGAUGCCAUCAAGACCAACAACGUCAACACGCUCUUUAAGAUCAUGAAGGCCGGCGCCGCCUCUUCCUGAGGGGGGACAAGGGGGAGAGAAUGGAGGGUCACCAAGCGGACCGUUGCUGUCACAGCCUCUCAUUCUCAAUAGGAUGCAUAUACAGGAUGGAUAUAUAUCACAUGAGACACUUUAGUGACGCAAGAUAGGGUUGCGAUUAGUUUCAGAGUGCAACUUGUGCGAUAGAUGAGGUGAUUGUUUCGAUUUUAAUUCAUGGAAUUGUAUGCGAGACAUGGUGCGAGUGCGAGUCAUAUGUUUGGUAAAUGUUUACCUUUGGU